AUGGCGGACCACCAGGCGCAAUCCACCAACUUCAAGGAAGCCUUCUCCCUCUUCGACAAGCGCGGCACCGGCCGCGUCCAGCUCGUCUCGCUCGGCGACCUGCUGCGCGCCUGCGGCCAGAACCCAACCCUCGCGGAGAUCAAGGACCUCGAGCAUCAGGUCGGUGGAGAGUUCGACUUCGACUCCUUCACGCGCGUGCUCAACCGCCCCAACGGCUUCCGCGACCCCGGCGAGCCCGAGGAGUACUGCCGCGGCUUCCAGGUCUUCGACAAGGACCUGACGGGCUUCAUCGGCGUGGGGCAGUUCCGCUAUAUCCUGACGAACCUGGGCGAGAAGAUGAGCGAUGAUGAGGUGGAUGAGUUGCUCAAGGCCGUGGAUACGAGUAGUGGGGAGCUGAAUUAUAUGGAUAUGGUGAAGAUGAUUUUGGCGAAUUGA